AUGAGUGACUACGAAGUCAACCUGGUGGAAGACAACAUGCAGGAGUUUUACGUCUACUUUGAAGGUCCCAAAGAGACUCCGUACGAAGGCGGAUUAUGGAGAGUUCACGUUGAAAUACCCGAUCAAUUUCCCUACAAAUCACCCUCAAUUGGGUUUGAAAACAAGAUUUUCCACCCUAACAUCGAUGAGACAUCCGGGUCCGUGUGCCUAGAUGUGAUCAACCAGGCAUGGUCGCCGAUGUUUGACAUAUUUAACAUUUUUGAAACGUUCCUGCCUCAAUUGUUGAGCUAUCCGAACGCAGCAGACCCAUUGAACGGCGAAGCCAGUUCGCUGUAUCUGAGAGACAAUGAGGCGUAUUUGGAAAGAGUCAAGUCUUACGUCAAGAGGUAUGCCAAUCCGAAGAACUUUGCACGCGGCGAAUUCAAGGAAGACGAGCAGAGCGACGAUGAACAGGACGAAGACCUGAGCAGUGUGAGUAGUCUGGGCGACGACGAUGACGAUGACGAUGACGAGGUGGCCGGAGAGAUGGAUUUAUGA